AUGGUGAUGAGCAUAUUGUUCCCACCAAAGUCUGUCGGAAAUGACAUUGAGGGUCAUGCCAUUGCAAAGCCUAUCAAGUAUAAAAGCUACGGUGGAUCACGGCCUGCUGGACAUCAUCCCAGCACCGAAUCAACCAUGGGCAAGAUCAUCUUCUACGAGGACAGGAACUUCCAGGGUCGCUCCUAUGAGACCAGCGGUGACUGCGCUGAGCUGACCUCCUACCUGAGCCGCUGCAGCUCUUGCAGGGUGGAGAACGGCUGCUUCAUGGUCUACGAUCGCUCCAACUUCAUGGGGAACCAGUACUUCCUGAGGAGGGGCGAGUAUUCUGACUUCCAGCGCAUGGGCAUGGUCGAUUCCAUCAGAUCCUGCCGUAUGAUCCCUCAGCAUCGUGGCCCCUUCAGAAUGAGGAUCUACGAGAGAGAGAACUUCGGAGGCCAGAUGCACGAGGUCAGUGAUGACUGUGACUCCUUCAUGGAACGUUACCGCAUGUCCGACGUCCAGUCCUGCCACGUGAUGGAUGGCCACUGGCUGAUGUAUGAGCAGCCUCACUACCGAGGCAGGAUGGUGUACCUGAGGCCUGGAGAGUACAGGAGCUACAGAGAUCUGGGAAUGAGCUCCAUGCUGAGAUUCAGCUCCAUGAGACGCAUCAUGGACUCCUGCAAUUAAUGUAGGCCAAUAAAAUUUCAAAUUUCAUGA